AUGACAAUUCCAGUAAUCGAUGUUAAUAACUAUGAUACCAAAUAUUUGCUCCAAUGUUUGGUAUCUCAUGGAUAUUUAGUCCUUCGAAACUGGCAACUGCUUUCAAACAACAAUUCGCAAAUCACCACCUCUGAUAGUUCGUACUUACAAAUUAACAAUGCCAAACCCCAAUUUGGGACGAUUACCGUGAAUAGAUUGAAUUAUGGAGACCCAAAACAAAUUCAAAAAAGCUCUGAAGGGAUAUUGAACUCGGUAUCUGACUCUAUGGUCUCCCUUAUUUCCAAAUCGUUUGGCUUGAAUUAUGGAUUUUUCGAUCAGUGUUUAUCGGAUCAAUCUUAUGUAAUAUCUUCCAACAACCCAAUAACCAAUUGCAACUUGGUCUCUUUGAUUCAUACAACCGGUGCCAAUUUGAAAUUAUAUACCAGGUAUGAAAAAGAGCCGAUCGAAUUGGGGAGCCAGGAUGAACCAACUUUAAUUCUAUCAGUAGGAAAAAUAUUUGAGAUUAUUACAAAGGGUAUGGUUUUUAACAAUAUUUUAAAAGUUGAGGGCUCAAAUUAUACGGUUUUCCUGAAAUCUUUGAAUUUGGACUUAAAAAUUUCGGAUGUUAUUAAAUUAUCGUCGUCAUUUAUGGAUAACAAACCAGAUAUCAACAAAUUCUUCCUUCAAAGGGUUUGGAAAAUCAAUUAUUUGAAAGAUCCAACAAUUGGGGCAUUCGAAGACAAGAAAUUUUUCAAUAAUGCUAAUACAAAUGUGAAUACGGGAAAGGAGCAUAUGUUUGGGUACUUAAGAAAUCAAAAUUUAUUUUUACAAAUAGAUCCUUUGAUGGAGCUAAACUACGUUGGUUUUGAUACCACUGCUGAUCCUUAUUUGAUCAAUUUCAAAAUGAGCAAGAAAAUCGGGGAUGUUUUCAUCGAUGAGAUCGUUUAUCAUCAAAAAGACACAAAUAAUGAACUUUUCAAUCAAAUCUUUACCCAGUCAUUUAAAGAUUUUGCGAAUUUCCAUGAUAACACUUUAAAGGAGAAAUUGAAAGCAUUGGUCAGAAUUUUUUCAAACUUAGACAAUGUAAUUUAUAUCUAUUUUCUUGAUCAUACAAAUUUGCCUAGCUUGAGCCAGUUUCUUCCAAAUAUGACCAAACUUUUAGGUAAAGAAGUGACGGUUUCGGACAUUUUAAAGAUUAAAUAUUUAUAUCCCCAGAGCUAUGAGCUAUUCAAAGUUGUUUCUAAUAAUGAUAAAACUAAUUUGUUAAUAGGUUUACCUAAAGAACAAUUGCAAGUUACCAACUUUGCUAAAGAAAUCGUGAAAAGAAAAGAAAUCUUUCUGCAAUUAGUGGAUACUUUUGUUUCUCGGGAAGAUUUACACUCUAUUGACGAGAAGAUCAACCAAGUUUAUAAUGAUUUGCCAUUAGCUCCAUCGGAUUUUAAACCAGCGGCUAGUAGUAUUAACAGAAAAUUAAGUAUUUUGAAAGAAUCUGCUCCAAAGAUAACGAAAUUAUCUAAAAUUUCCAAGCAGAAGGCACAACCGAUAAAUGAUAAGAAAUUGUCAUUAAUUGAAAGAAUCAGAUUGAAAGAAGCGCAGAAAAAAAAGUUGUUCGAGAUAGAUGCUCCGCAAGGAAAUGGGACGAAUACAGGCGAAUUGUUGAUGAUUUUUGAGAUUCUUUAUAACUUGAAUACCACCAAUGGCGUUAAAUCUUUCCCAAUAAAGUCAAUAGUUGGUAAAAUUAUUGAUAGUUUAAAGGCCACGAAGUUUAACUUGAUGAGUGGAGAGCACUUGAUGAAGAUUCUUCGAGCUUUCGAUGAGAAAUUGCCAGAUGAAAUUCUCCAGAUUGUGAACUUUGCCAACAAUGGGAAUAUUAUAUUGAAAUACGAUUUUUACAACAAGAGAAAUGAAAUUAUAGAAUUUUUGUCAAAAUAG